AUGACGGUACCUCUUAAGGAUUAUACGCUCUUCACUCCAUACAAGCUCUCCGACAGUCUUGAGCUCAAGAAUCGCAUCGUUAUGGGUCCACUCACUCGUGCUCGAUGUGACCCUGUCACCCAUGAGGCUGGACCCAUGCAAGUCGAAUAUUACUCACAACGUGCUGGUGCUGGUCUUAUUAUCACCGAAGCCGUUGCCGUUUCAGUACAAGGCUUUGGCUGGUACGGUGCUCCUUGCAUGUAUACGGAAGCUCAUCGUGAUUCAUGGAAGCCAGUCGUGGAAGCUGUUCACGCGAAGGGUGCCAAGAUUUUUAUGCAAAUUUGGCAUAUUGGGCGUCAAGGUCACCCAAGCUUUAGUGGGGAUGUGGUCGGACCCUCUGCUAUUGGCCCUGUCUCUGGUCAUACUCGUAAUGUUGAUGCCGAAUCUGCUCCUUACGAACUCUGCCGUGAGCUUUUGACUGAGGAAAUUCCUGGAGUGAUUCAAGAUUUCUGCAAAUCUGCUCGUCUAGCUAAAGAAGCUGGAUUUGAUGGAGUUGAUAUCCACGCCGCUAACGGGUAUCUACCUGACACAUUCCUUCAGUCAGCUACGAAUAAACGAACGGAUAAAUACGGAGGGUCCAUUGAAAACCGUGCAAGGUUUUUAGUAGAACUUGUCGAAGCUCUCCAGAACGAGUGGCCUGCAGAGCGUAUUGGGCUACGGCUGUCACCCAAUGGCUUCUACGGCGACACUGGGAGCGCUGAUAACUACGAAACGUGCUGCUAUGUCGCUGAUAAGUUGAGUACAUUUGGCCUUGCCUAUUUGGCUACUCUAGAUGGGUUUGGCUUUGGCUUUCAAGACAAAGGUCCUUUGACGAAGCCAUUUGAUGUGAAGAAGAAUUUCAAGGGCACAGUGAUGGCGGCCAACAGCUACAGCCGCGAUACUGGUGAAGGGGUUCUACUGAGCGGCGCAGCAGACCUCGUAUCUUAUGGACGUCCGUACAUUUCAAAUCCCGAUUUGGCAGAGCGCUAUUUUAACGACUGGCCACUAAACGAGCCUGCUGGUUACGACACCUGGUUUGGCACGCGCAUGCCGGGACCUCAAGGCUACACCGAUUUUCCGACUUACAGUGCUGACUCAGAUUUAGACAAGUUAUCUAGCUUGAUAUCUUCUUAUACUUGA